AUGCGUGCUACCCUUUCCAAUUUUUAUCAAAGUGCAGAUAAAAUCCGAACGAGAUAAUUACUUCAUGGAAUUAAACGAAUAAUUAUCGCGAUAAAAAUUAUAUCGAUUAUUUUAAAUUAUUGUCGAACAAUAUUGAACUAACGCGAAAUCGAUAAAACUCGAAAUAAAUGUUAUCAAUAAUAUUUAAAUACGUCAACGUUAUAUAAGUUUAAAAUAACCUCAACUGUCAGUAAUCGAUGUGUGUGAACUGUCAAAAUUAAUAAUUUUUAUUAAUAAUAAUAUAAUUCCAAUUGUGUGUUCAUAUGGCUGCCGAAGCGCAAUGUAUAUUCUGUAAAAUAAUUAGAAAUGAAAGUCCGAGUGAAAAGAUUUAUGAGGAUGAGAACGUAACGGUUAUUAAAGAUAUCAAUCCAGCAUCUACUCAUCAUUACUUAAUACUGCCAAAUAAACAUAUACGCAAUGCCAAAGAAUUAAAACGUGAAAACGACGAGCUUUAUGAUAAAAUGAUUGCAACCGUUCAAAUAAUAGCAGAACAACAAGGACUCGAUGUUGAAUCUACCAGGACUGGUUUUCAUUGGCCGCCGUUUAACACUGUACAUCAUCUUCAUUUACAUGUUAUAUCUCCCAUCGAAAAUUUGUCUUUUAUUAAACGAGCAAUGUUUAAUCCUAAUACUCCAUGGUUCGUUAACACGGACUACGUGAAAUCGCAUUUACUAAAACAAUGAUACGUGAUAUGUAUAAUUUAAUUAUUAUUGAAAUUUUAUAAAAAUUUAUAUCUCUGUUAUUUAUACUUAUAUAUAUUAAUUAUUUCAAUUUGAUUGCAUAAUGUUUUAAGCAAAAAAACUUAUUCAUUUUAUAUUAAAACAAUUAGCAUUUUAUAUAGAUUGUAAUUUUAAUCUAUAAGUUUUGUAUAAUUUCCUUGAUUAAAUAUACGUUGCCAUUCUCUUCCA